UGACAUGUUUCAAUAUUUUUUUUUUAGAGAUAGUGAAAGAAAACAACAAAAAAAAGUUUUAAAAGUUUUAAUUAUACAGACGAAAUCAUUGCGCCAGGCCGUUGACUUGCUGUGGGUGAGAAGUGUAUAAAAAGACAUACUCUCACCACUGUUGAUUCAUUCAUUCAGGUCUAAGCUUUGUAGGUCUUCACUUCUGAAGUUCAAACUUAGCACCUGGAAGUCUGGACGUCAAUUUUUACUUUCUAGAUAGACAUCAAUUCGGUUCACAAAAAGAUGAAAGUUUUAUAUGUUGUAUGUUUGGCUGUCCUCCUAACUCAAGCUAAUGGACUCCUAUUCCCUAUAGUUGGCAAUUUGUUGGAUAAAAUUGUGAACGCUGGGGUCCAAACGACCCAAACUGUUAUCCACAACGUCAGGUGUGCUUGGCUGGGAAUACUGAUUCCUUGCAAGGAGAUGCCAGGCCAACAUGGACCCUCAGCUCCCUUACCCACCCGGUGCGACGCCAUCGCUGACAUUCUCAUCGUCGUGGAUGCCUCCUCCAGCAUCGGUCGGACCAAUUACAAUUAAGUCUUGUCUACGAUGGCUAACAUGGCUGGAUCCUUCAAUUUAGGUCCCGACAAAGUCCGCUUUAGCUGCGUGGUGUUUAGCGACAGAGCCAGUCUUUGGUUUAAACUAAAUGACUACAACACCAUAGAAGCUGUUCAGAAGGCUAUUUUGAAAAUACCAUAUUAUGGAGGUGUAACUUACACAGACAAAGCGCUGAGUCUUAUUUCGACUAACAACCUAUUUGGAAGCGCCGCUGGAGGUAGGGCUAACGCACCUAACAUCCUAAUUCUCUUCACUGACGGUCAGUCCACCAACCCAAUUCAAACUCGGACCUCCGCCAAUUAUCUGAAAAACCAAGGCGUCAAAAUGUUCUCAGUAGGUAUUACUAACAAUGUGAACGAAGCAGAACUCAGAGGUGUAUCCAGUGGCCCUGAGUACGUUUUCAGGGCAAACAACUUUGACGACUUGGCGGACAAGUUGGCACUUAUUGUAAAUAGAACUUGUGCAGCCAGCAACGGAGUUGAAGAGCAUGUAGAAGAGACGGAGCCCCCGACCACAGCAAGCACCACCACUACCAAGGCGACUACAACAACUACUACGACGAAGGCCCCACCACCAGAGGUGAUUCCUUGCAGAAAUAUAACAAUAGCCGACAUCAUGUUUGCCAUAGAUGCGUCUACCAGCAUUGGUCAAGAAAACUGGAAGAGACAGACCCAAUUCGCUGCUGACAUAGCCAAUGCAUUUAAUGUGGGCCCUAAAGAAGUUCUUUUUUGGCGCGGAAAUUUUCAACCGCAAUGUGACCAGCAUCUUUAAUUUGAAAACAUUUACCAACAAAGAUGACGUCAUCAAGGCGUUGUUGUCUAUCAUUUAUCCCUACAAUCCUGGGACAUACACACACUUAGCAUUUUUAGAGAUUCGAACCAAGAAUCUGUUCGGCCCAGAAUGGGGUGGCAGAGUGGAUAGCAAAAAGGUGGUGAUUGUAAUGACUGACGGUCAGUCCGCAUACCCAGAUAAAACUGUCACGGAGUCUCAGCUGCUCAGGGACACAGGUGUCUUAAUCAUAAGUGUUGGCAUUGGAGUGACCAAUACAGAUGAGCUGGAAGCCAUGGCCAGCAAGCCAGAGUACGUCUUUACCACUGGUAGCUACGAGAGUCUGGACUACAUCAAGCGAGACCUGGUCCAACUGGCAUGUAAUAACUGAGAGUUUUCUUGUGGAGAAGUCAUGCCAACGUUUGAAAGAACGGCAUAAAGAAGUAAUAACACUUUUAAAAAAACACAUUUUUUAAAUAAAAAUAUUAAUGAAUACAAAACAAAAAUAAAAAUAAUGAAAAAAUUGUGUAA